AUGAUGUGCAUUGAAGUGGCAGGCAACCGCAAGGUGGAUCUGAGUGGCGUGACUUCGGUGACGGACAUUAUGAAUCGUCCCGCCAUGCCCAUCCGCAACAUUACCUACAGGUACAAGUCACCCAGGAGCAAGAAAGGCGCCAAGAGAGUCGAUCCUGAAGCAGAUCAGCCCAUUCAGAUUGAAGAAACUCUGUCUCAGACACUAGCUAGAGUCAAACCAGGAGAAACCCUUGUGGAGAGUCUACAAAGGCGACAAUUUGCUCCUAUUAAUAGCAAGGUCAAGGUUAGCAAGCACAGGCAGUCUUAUGAAGACAAAAAGUUGCAAUUCCAGAAACAAAAACAAAAACAAAAACAGAAACAGAAAUCUCAAAGAAGUCAAAGAAGACACUCUGUGCAAGGGCCUGUCACCAACACCAACAAUAGCAACAAUAGCAACAGCAGUGUCAGUGCCAGCGCCAGAAGCUAUGGAUCUGCUUCUGCUUCACAUUCUGCCUCUGCUUCUUCCAUUUCCACCUCCACUUCCACUGCCUCAGCCAAGAGCAAAAGCACUACUAAAAGUAAAAGUGCAAGUACAACCAGAAGCAAAGCAACACAAGACACAACAGACACUCAGAAACAAAACAAGGGAUUCAACUUAUUCAGCAAACGAAGAAGACAGUCAGCACCUGCUUCCACUCAUCCACACUCUAGUACAAACCCAAUGCAAAUGCAAGCAGAAAUGGCAAGGGCAGCGCAACCAACAGUAUUAGAAACUCUACAAGAAGAAGCAGAACAAGAGGACAAAGAUGGGGCUGACUAUUGGAGUGUACAAGACUUCCCCAUCCCACCCACUGAAGUUGAUGUGGACGAAUAUGGAUUGCUGCUUUUAGAAUCAGAAAGCAUUUCAAGCUCACUCUUCACUGGAGAAACUGGAACCACUGACAUUGAAGACAGAUCCUUCCAUCUCAUUGGAGAUGACAUGUCACACCAACAAUACACACAGAACACACAAUCUACAGCACUCAACAAGUUGCCAGGUGUCAUCAAUGUUCAAAGGGAAACUACACAAACAACACAGCAGCAGCAGCAGCAGCAGCAGCAACAGCAACAGCAACAGCAACAGCUGACACAACAUGCAAGUUCGAACCCUCAGUGCCCAUCCAAUAAUUGCAACGGCAAUGAGACCCCGACCAGAAAUGACGAAUCGAGCACACCCCAAGCCACCCAACCAGGCAUACAUGCUCAAAUUGACACUAUAGAGACACAGAAAGAGACAACAAGUAAUACCUGCAACAACGAGGCGAGCAAAGACAAUCUCUACCAAAUACAAGCAUCACACGAACCAGCAAUAAACCACAAGAUCGCACCCAUGCCUCCAUCCGUUGAUGUCGUCAGCGUCGCGGCUGUAAGGUCUGAUACAUCCGAUCUUACAGUGUCAACCAAUCGAUCACCCCAAACCUUUCUCUCCACCGACGAUCAACUACUUCUGCUACAACAACAGCUAUUACAACAGAAUCAAAAUCAAAAUCAAAAUCAAAUACAACAAGACCAACUGAAGCAACAAUCCAAAGUACUACCCACACAGAGCGACGCCAGCAGUAUCAAGAGCGCACUCAAGGUCAAAACCUACAAAGAAUCCAUCCUCAGAAUCAGAGGUAUAGAUUCUCGUCCCAGGGCUCCCGGCAUGGCCUACGAUUCACCUCCCAAAGAACCACGGCGAAGACUGUCUUCCAGUACUGCUGCCAGGCAAGUCUUUAGGGAACAAUACAGUCCAAUGGGUUCAAACGAUGACCUCACGGUAGACAGCACCAGUCACACAAAGCCGAGAGUUCAAUUUGGUAACGUUCUAUUGCGAGAAUACGCACAGUGUCUAGGCGACAACCCGGCCUGUUCCAGUGGGGCACCCAUUCAGCUAGAUUGGGACUACCAAGUGUUAGCUACCAUUCACAUCAACGAAUUCGAAUUCUACCGAAGGAACCAUCGUCUCAAAGAAAGUGCGUCUCUCCGCAUUCCAGGCGCAUACCGCCAGUUCAUGCUCUUGCAGCUUGGCUACAGUCCGCAUCAAAUGGCUCUAGCCAUCCGCAUCAAGACACGAGACCAAAAGAGACGCAUUCAAACCGUAUCGCGACUCAAGUACAUGUCCUUUGACGAACGAGUCGAAAAGAUGGUGCGAGUCCUUCCCAGCGUCGUGACUCCACCGACCAUAACAAACACGACAACUCUAGCCGCACCUCCUGCGCACCAACUCCAGCAAUCUAAAGUUCCAGUCAACGCUUGA